AUGGCGGCGAUUGUCGAAAUCCUGUUAUUCUUCUUCCUUCUGUUACUUCUCUCUCUACUCGAUUCAGCUGAUUCACACUGCUCAGAAUCCUUCGAAUGCGGGCGCCUAGGCCAUCUCGAAUUCCCAAUCUCGAAUUCUACAGGAUGCGGAUUAUUCACCGUUGAUGACUGUGAUUCCGAUAAUCCAACGGUCCAGCUGGAACCCGGCGGUCUAGUGUACAAUAUUUCGCGCAACAUGUCGACAAAUAGUUUCUUAAUUAAGGAUCAUUCGCUCCAGUGGCAGUUGAAUAGCAAUAGUUGUUUUGCAUUCAGAAAUGUGAGCCUACCUAAAUCUCCUUCCAUCUCGUUUUCCGUGUCACCCAAUCGCACCGUGUUCGCGUGCGUCAACCCAAACUACAUCCACGACGGAGAAAUUUUCCCCGAAAACCAUCGUAGUUAUAAUUGUUCCUUGUUCACUGUUUACUAUGGUUUUCCGACGGCAGAAGUUUCCCCUGUGCCUUCGGAUUGUCAAGUGAUUCAACUACCCGUAAAGUCGAAUUACGAUCAAUAUUCGCCGGGAAACGUGUUCGAUAUGUUAACGAAUGAGUAUAUUCUAGAGUGGAAUGUUUCUGAAAAUUGUAGUGAAUGCCACCAAGGAGGUGGGCAGUGUCUUAGUAAUAGCAUGGGUCUAUUCGAAUGCAAGAAAGAUAGAAGCCGGACGCUAAUAUUAGCUCUAUCUAUAGGUGGUGGUGUCUUGAUUUUGCUAUGCUUAUUUGUGGUCUCGUUUAUAAUGUGGCAACGUAAGAAAAGGAUCAAAGACGGUAGCUUCCUUCUUUCAAGAAACCUGUCUUAUGAUCCAUCCUCGAAACCAGAUGUGGAGGGUGGUGGCAACUCCUACUACGGCAUCCCGAUUUUCUCUUACAAAGAACUCGAAGAAGCCACUAAUCACUUUGACCCUUCUCAAGAACUCGGUGAUGGCGGCUUCGGUACCGUCUACUAUGGCAAACUUCGGGAUGGAAGAGAAGUGGCGAUAAAGCGCCUAUACGAGCACAACUACCGAAGAGUCGAACAGUUCAUGAACGAAAUCAAGAUUCUCACAUGCCUGAGGCACCCGAACCUCGUCUCCCUCUACGGCUGCACCUCUCGUAAAAGCCGCGAACUCCUCCUCGUGUACGAGUACAUCUCCAACGGCACGAUCGCCGACCACCUCCACGGCGAGCGGGCCCACGAAUCCCCGCUCACGUGGCCCGUCCGAUUGAGCGUCGCGAUCGAAACCGCCACCGCUCUAGCCUACCUCCACAAAUCCGACAUCAUUCACCGCGACGUGAAAACGAACAACAUACUGCUCGACGAAAACUACUGCGUGAAGGUCGCGGAUUUCGGUCUCUCGAGGCUUUUCCCGAAUGACGUCACUCAUAUUUCGACCGCUCCGCAAGGUACACCCGGAUAUGUCGACCCCGAGUACCACCAGUGCUAUCAGUUGACCGACAGGAGCGACGUGUAUAGCUUCGGUGUUGUCUUGAUCGAGCUCAUUUCUUCGAUGCCAGCUGUCGAUAUAAGUAGACAUAGGCACGAGAUCAAUUUGGCCAACUUGGCGGUCAAUAGGAUCCAACGGUGCGAGUUCGACGAGUUGAUCGACUCAAGCCUUGGGUACGGUACGGAUGCUGAGGUGGCGAGGAUGACCACGUCGGUGGCUGAGCUGGCGUUUCGGUGCUUGCAGUUGGAUAAGGACAUGAGGCCUUGCAUGGAUGAGGUGUUGGCUUUCUUGAAGGAUAUUCGGGCCGGUGGCGGGGAUUGUAAUUUGGAGAAGGUGGAGGGCGAAAAUGGUAAUUGUACGGGCGGGCAGGGGAAGGUGAUCCCUCCUUCUCCGGAGACGGAUGAUGUUGUGUUGUUGAAGAAUAAGAAGUUUCAGCCAUCGCCGAAAGGUGUCACCGAUGCAUGGGUUAGUGGUAGCUCGACUACGACGACGAGUUCGAUCGGGUGACGACGUUUUGUUUUAAUUUCAAUUAAUAGAGAUAUCAAUAAUACGUUCUAAACGCUCAUUAUAUUGUUCUUGUUAUAUGUUUUUUGUUAUGAUGAUGAAGUGUUCACUGCUA